AUGAUUGUCUUCUUAUUGGUAGUCUUCGCUGUUCUAUACGGCCUUUAUCAGGUCUUAGUGGCCGUUCUUCCAAGACUUUUCUUGGUCCCACCUCAAAACUGGAGAACUAAGAUUCAGAAGGUGGUUGACUACUCGAAGCCUAUUUAUCUUAGCGUGGGAAACAAGAGAUCUGCUUUUAGAAGAAGACUCAUUCUUGCUUCUGCAAAGCCUUCCUUCUACACCAACUUCGUGAACAAUAAAAUUAAAAUUGAGCCUACCAAGGACUGGAAGAAUGAGAACAACGAAUUCAUGGACGCUAUGAAGAGAAGGGGCCAUGACGAUCCACAGCGUAACUUGAUUUACGGAUUUUUCCACCCAUACGCCAAUAACGGUGGUGGAGGUGAAAGGGUACUUUGGCAAGCGGUUCAGGCAACACUUAUGGCCGGAGACAACAACAUUGCUGCCAUCUAUACUACCAAUGUAGAAGCUGCUCCGUUGGAAAUCUUGGCCAAGGUUAGGGCCAAGUUUGAUAUUGAGUUUGGAUCUGAUGAGAAGCGGAUUGUUUUCAUUUACUUGAGGAAAUACGGUACCUUCAUCGAUGCUAGCUACUGGCAACACUUCACUAUCUUGGGACAAUUUUUGGGACUGGGUGCUCUUGCAUUGGAAGCCAUGUACGAACUUUCUCCAGAUAUAUUUGUAGACACCAUUGGACUCCCUGGAUCGUACUUUUUUGUAUCUCUUAUAUUGAAAUGCCCAAUUUUAAGCUAUGUACACUAUCCUGUUCUUCAAUUGGAGAUGUUCCGCAAGUUGAAGUUCCCAGAUUUCGGUUUACAGUCGUUGAAAUGGUUCCAAUGGUCCUUCGGAGAUCUUAAGGAGUUUGGGAAGUUGUGCUACUGGCUGAUCUUGUACUACCUUUAUGUUUAUUUGGGGUCCUUGGUAGAUGUGACAUUGACUAACGGUACUUGGACUCAAAACCAUAUCACUUCCAUCUGGAGAUUAAAUAUCAGGAUGGAAAAGUGCGUAGAAAUAUGCUACCCGCCAUGUGGAGAUCUUGAUUCUAAGUCAAGAAAAGGCAGACUGUUGUCUGAGUCUCCUAAAAGCAUUGCUAGGAAAUUGGCAGGUGUUGGAGCCGGUGGUGGUUCUGGUGAUGAUGAUUUUCUAGCAAGAGGAGGUCGUUCUAACAUAAUGCUUUACAUAGCACAGUUCCGUCCAGAGAAGAGGCAUUCCUUACUUUUGGAUGAGUAUGCGAAGUUUCUCAAAGAAAACAAGCGUGUCUCCUCUAGAAAGAUACCAUCGCUCGUCUUCCUUGGCUCUUGUCGUACUCCUGAGGAUACAUCUACUUUGAAGACUCUUCAGAGGGAGGCUAAGGAUUUAGAAUUGGACGUCAAGUUUGUUGUGGAUUGUUCGUACGAGGAGGUGUUGGAGUGGCUUUCGAAGGCCAAGUAUGGUCUCAAUGCUAUGUGGAACGAGCAUUUUGGUAUUGGAGUGGUGGAGUACCUUAAUAACGGAGUUAUACCCAUUGUGCAUGCUUCUGCUGGCCCUUACUUGGACAUAGUAACUGGGUAUAAAGAAGACGUGGAAGAUCACCCAGCAUGGAGAAAUAACACCGGGUUCUUCUUCAAGGACGAAUUGGACCCAGAUUUCAGCGGUAAGAGAAGCAAAACAAACGGGUUCUUGGUAUUUGAUGACAAGUAUAGGUUCCCAACAUUCUCCCAAUUGUUGACGGAAAUCCUCGUCAAUGAGCCAAGCUUAGUAGGGGACAGAGAGUUGGACCAUAUGAGGUCAAACGGAGCACACUUGGUAGAGAAGUUUUCCAACAAGGCAUUUGUGGAGAAAUGGAUGAAGCAUCUAGUUGAAGUGCAGUACUUGGAGAAAGUAUAUAGGGAAAGAAGAGACGGGAUCGAGAGUGUUUAUUGA